AUGGCAUCCAAGAGAAUCAUUCUCAUCACAGGAGCGAAUCAAGGCAUCGGAUUCGAAAGCGCUUCAGCUCUCGCCGCUGCUUCCCCGGAUCACCACAUAAUCCUCGGCUGCCGAAACCCGGACCGGGGCGCCCAAGCUCUCGAGGAGCUUCGAGCCCUCAACCCGGCCGGCACUCUCAGCGUACUGAACCUCGACAUCACUUCCGAUGAUUCUAUCCAAGCUGUGGCUGAGAAGAUCACCACCGACUAUGGUGUGCUUGACGUCCUCGUCAACAACGCGGGCAUCAUCGUUAUGGAUCCCAAAAGUCGUCGUUCGGAGCUAGUCGAUACCUUCAACACCAACGCGGCUUCGCCGCUCAUCCUGACCGAGGCCCUUGUGCCGUUACUCAAGAAGUCGAAGGACCCUCGCAUUAUCAAUGUCUCGACAAGCUUAGCCUCCUUGUCAGAGCGGACCGACCCUAGUUCUGAGUAUUACGGCGUCCAGAGCGAAGCAUACCGCAUUUCCAAAGCGGCGUUGAACAUGGCGACUGCGCAUAUCAUGUUCCACGGCAGAGAUUGGGGAGCGAAAGUGUGGGCUUACUGCCCGGGAUACGUAGUCACGAAUCUUACGGGUGAACAAGAUCGGUUGACUAGAAAGGAGCAAGGAGCGGAUGACCCGAAGACUAGUGCUCAGGGGCUGCUCGACAUUGUAAUGGGUAAGAGAGAUGAGGAGGUUUACAAAUUUUUGGGAAGAAACGGAAAGCAACAUCAGUGGUAA